AUGGGUAUCAUCCGCAAGACCGCUGUGGGAGUGACUGUUGGCACAGCUGCAGCACUAGGCUAUCUCCAUGUGGCAACAAGCAUCAUCGCGCCGAUUCCUCUCAACGACGCGAUAUACAGCUCCAAGGCAUACAAGAAGUAUAAUCCGCAUAAAAACGCAGCUACCAAUGACAUCUGCGUCAAGACAAUUCCUCUGAAUCGCAUUCGUCCGGAAUUGUUACAGAAGGAGGGAGACCUUGCCUUAGAGCUCUGCCGUGGCGUAUGGCAUGGCUGGGGCUAUGCCAUACAGCGACAGUACUUGCAUCGCAAAUGGUACGGCCCUGAGACAUCCUCACAGCUAUGGACGCGAGACCAGUUCGCUGCCUCAAAGUAUGAGGUCGGAACAGCUGUGACAGAUCACUUUGAAGUGGUUGAUCACACGCCCAAUGAAAUUUUAGUCCGCGCCGGCGGCACUCCUCGGGAGCAGGGCGGACGGCCUGCAGAUGGUUUGUUCGCCAUUGGUGCUGUUGUUGAUCACGACGCUCAAGUCGCGCGAUUAACACUCAAGAGCUGCCUUUUCUCCAGCCACGAGAAGAUAGAAGGCGACAAGGGACCGAUGCCUCCUCCAGUGGAACUUCUGCAUCAGUGGUACUCGCGCGUUCUACUGGUGAGCGCAGCUUCUCGAUUGACGCGGUGA